AUGUCUUCGAGUUUGACCAGCAUCGAAGUUAUCGGCGAAUUCUCGUCGGACACUCCGCAUCGUGGCACGCUCCUCUCGCCCCAGCCGUUCCAGAACGAGUCGGGUGAAAGCAGAGAUGCGCUCAUUCACAUUGCAGUAGCUCAAGUGCUUCCAGACGAAUCCGGCUUGCAUGCCGUCGGCGAGCCCGACGAUGGGCAAGCGGGAUUGGAAAAGUUGGAACGCUGGGCUUCCGCCGCUGCGGACAAGGGGGCCGACGUGGUGGUGUUCCCGGAGUAUUUUUUGAGUGGGGCUACUCACGAGCUGUGGCGGAGGGUAAGAGAGGCACAGCGGAAGCAGGCUGGUCAGGCGCAGCUACAGGAAGGUGGUGCACAGACCGAGGCAGAGCGGUUCGACACAAAGGGUGGACAGAAGGAUGCAGAGGGGAAUGAAAAGGCGUGGAUCGAGGUCAUCAUCCGAGUCGCUCGCAAGUACGAUGUGGAUAUCGUAGCAGGCACCGUCGUGGAGCUCGGCACGCAGCCUCACGCCGACAUCCUUGCCGACCACCCUGUCUCCCAGGCCGACGUCACCGCCCCCGUCAAGACCAAAGAACAUGACAAAAUCCCGCACCGUCCAUCUAAGAAGGCCAAAGUCGGUUCCAACCAAACAGAGGACAAGCACGGAGACGAGCUCUUCAACACCUCCUACUACAUCUCUCGCCAAGGCCAAGUCCUCCACCGCUAUACCAAGCAGAACCUCUGGCAUCCCGAACGCGAAACGCUCUUGCAUUCACAACAGCACACGCAUCCAGAGCAGCAUGCUGGCCCGUCGACGUUCAUCAUUGAGACCAAACGCGGGACCCGCCUGCGCGCAGCUAUGGCCAUCUGCUGGGACCUCGCCUGGUACUCUAGAUUCUACCAGAUGAUUGCCCCUCCCUACGCUGCCGAUCAGGUGUCUGAUUUGGACAGAGAGGGACAAGCACCCGGACCGGACCUCAUCUUCGCCCCGACUUGCUGGUACGCUUCAGACGGCGGGCCCAAGGCACUCCUCUGGAACGGCAUCGGCGAAGCACAGAUGUUGGACACGCUGUGUCUAGCCAGAGCCGUUGAGCUCGAAGCCGUGCUCGUCAUGUGCAAUGUUUCAGGUCCCACCUUGGACGCUGAUGCGAUUGAACAGGUCAGGUCGCAGUUGCAGGAUCAGCACCAAAAGGGCGUCAGUGACGACGAGCUCGAAACGCCUCUGAUUGGGUUGGGGAGGAGCAGAAUCUGUGCUCCGUUCCUUAAUGUCGUCGCCGAAGUUCAAGACGAGAGAGAAGCCAUGUUGUUGCAAUCAGUCGAUUUGAAUCUGCUCAGAGAUGCAAGAGAGGUGUAUCGUAUGCGCUACGAUCAUGCACAGCGGUAG